GACGGUCUGUGCAAGCUGUCGGAGGGGGCAUGGCCGCAGGGCGCUAUGGUUGAGGCCGGCUUGGUUGGCCAGAGCCAGCCGGGCACCACUGGAUAGAUCUUAAAUCCAUGUCUGACCUUCCCCUCAGUUCGCAUUUAACGCUUCUCCCGUGAUCUCUCUCUCUCUCUCUCUCUCUCUCUUUUUUUUUUUUUUUGAUAAGCUGAACUCGAUUCGAUAACCACGUUUCUGGGAAUCCGCGGUCAUGUUGCGACUGCUGUCUGCCGGUCUGUUGCAGAAUGCAUGGGGUCGCAGAUUGAAAAACACUCGGAGUGAGCGAGCGUCGAGUCGACGGCCAGGAUUUUUUAUUCAACUAGCAGUAUCACGGUGUGCUGUCCACAUUGCGUUUUCUUGUUCGGCAGCUGGAGGCAGCGUCCUUCGAGGAGUACACAGCGCGUGGAGUAUUUGAUGAGUCUUUCAUGAACAGCGUUGCCACGACGCUUGGACGCCAGCUGUAGUUAUCGACAUUCUCUAAGCCGUGAUUCAAUCUCCGCGGCAGCUACCUACGUGCAGCUUCAAAGCCGCAGGCAGAACGAAGUCUGCAGGCAUUGGCUGAGACGGGUGUGCAAUGGCGCUUCCGGACUCGCGGGCCUGCUGGCCCGUGGCAGCCUGUGCGGCGGUGUUCGUCUUCUUCGGCAUGAUGCUGACCAAGUCCGAGUCCGUCAUGUACAUAGGAUUCAUGGACAUGCUGCACGUCAACCGGGAGGACGCGUCAUGGCCUCUCACUGUCGCCAUCAUCAUGUCGCAGCUUUCAGGGCCCCUGUAUGGUCUGCUCGGUCUGUGGCUUUCGGACCGUAUUCUGCUGAUCGCCGGCGCCCUUCUUUGUGCGCUGCCUGUGAUGGCCUGCGCACUGGCUCGGAGCCUCGGACUUGUGGUAUUCCUCUACGGCGUUCUGUUCGGACUAGGAGUUGCCUGUGAGGAGCUGUUGCCGUUCACUGUGGUGGCCCGGCACUUCAUUCAUUACCGAGGCACGGCCAUGGGUCUGCUCUUCGCUGUGACCGCCGUGUCGGGCUUCGUGUCCCCCCUCGUCGUUGAAGCCUUGCGGCAGGCCUUCGACUUCCGCACGGCGCUACUCAUACUGGGAGCCCUGGAGCUAAACAUGCUGUUCGGCGGCGUGUUCGUCAACCGCGUGCCGCAGAACCAAGGCGACAGCCGUGUGAGUGGCGACUGCGAGGCGCCACCGGAGCCUGUCACUCGAGAACGUCCUCGAGCGAGAAGCUUUCACACGGCGUCGCUUGCGAAGUGCUACUCCGUUGACCUCGUCUCGUCCCUCCCAAUUCCCAGGUCCGCUGCAAACAAACGUACGGAGGUGGAUCCUCUGCUGAGAGAAAACGACAGUGCACCGAGGAAACUUGUGCGCAGCCUCGUCUCGCUAGCGUCAGGGCCGUUCCUGCACGUCGCGGCGUCGCGAGCUGUGUCCAUCUUCAUGCUCUCAUCGUUCCUGCUGACCGCCGUGGACUUCGGCACCGACAACGGUCUCGCCGGAUACAGGGCGGUGGCUCUGGUCACUGCGAGCGCGAUCGGAGACUUGGUUUCACGAGUGGGCACUGGUCUACUCUUGGACACCAAAGUGCUAAGCUGUGAAGCCUUGAUGCUAUGGAGCUUUGCCAUCCAAGCAGCCGCCAUGGCUCUCUUGGCGCUUACGAAGAAAUACUGGCUUCUCCUUGCCAGCUGCUUCUUCACCGGCUUGACGUCAGGAGGCCGAAUAUUCGCCUGCACCGUCAUGGUUGCCGAGUUGUUUGACCAACAUUCGCUGUCGCUCAGUCUUGGCGUCACAAACUUCAUAGCCGGCAUCGUUUGCCUUGCGAGGCCACCCCUCAUUGGCCACGCACGAGACGUCAUCGGUUCGUACAGUCCUCUCUACGUAGCGUUUGCCGUCACCAGCGCUGCCUUUACAGCCACCUGGACGGUGAGCCUGUGUCGGCACAGGUGUAAGAGACAACGGAAACUAGCGAAUGGUGUCGAAGGUUAGGGCCCUGGACGACGACCUCGGUGACAUAUUGUGCUUCAUGUGCACUGUAAUGGCUAUAGUGCAUUCGUGGCUCUAUAUUGCGCAAGAGUCGAC